GAAACUUUGUUUACGUCUCCAGUUUGGAAGUCGCUCUCGCAGCCGCGGCUUUCGCUCGGGGUUCGGUAUUUUCGAGCGCGCCAAGUCGCAGCCGGAGCAGAUCCGCGAGCGCGCGGGCAACAUUCGCGCCGCCGCCUCUCGCGAAGCGAGACGCCACGUGCGUGACGGCCGUGUAAGGGUCACAGCAGGAAACCUCCCUCGCUCGCUCGCUCCCUCCCUCGCUCGCUCCCUCGCUCAUCUCGCUCAUCAGCCAAGGGCCAUGGAGGAAAUCUCGGAGGCGGCUCCGUCUGCCAACGGACACGGGAACGGCCGCUUCCAAGUGCAACCCAGGGAAGACGGCGGCGGCGGCGGCGCCCACGAAAACUACGCGUACACGGACACGCACACCAACACCUACUACUCGCGCACGUUCGGCCACAACACCCUGGACCCGGUGCCCAACUACAACUACUACUGCCGCACGGGCACCAUCCACGGCAAGAAGGCGGCGCGAGCAACCAUCUACGACCUGCACGCCACCUACGUGAAGGAUCCAUCGGCAGUGCCGUCAACCCUGCAUCAUGUGUACGGGGAUGCCGUGCUGGAAGACCUUCCCGACGGGGAGCCGGUGGAGGAAGUCAAACCGCCGGAACCCGUUCUCUUUGGCUGGUUCCGUGGCGUUAUGAUGCGGGUGAUAGUGAACAUCUGGGGAGUCCUUAUGUACCUGCGCCUGCCCUGGAUCACCGCUCAGGCUGGCAUUGGGCUGACGUGGGUCAUCGUGCUCGUGGCCGUCAUCAUCACCUCCAUCUCUGGCCUUUCCAUCUCCGCUAUUUCCAACAACGGAAAAGUGGCCCGAGGUGGGACCUACUUCAUGGUGUCACGCACCCUGGGGUACGAGUUGGGUGCCCCCUUCGGGAUCCUCUACUCGUUCGCGGCGGCCGUGGGCAUCGCCAUGCACACCGUGGGCUUCGCCGAGACCCUGCGCGACAUCUUGCACGCCUCGAACCUCAUCAUGGUGGACAAGGUGAACGACAUCCGAAUCAUCGGCGUCAUCACGGUCACCUUCCUGCUGGGCAUCGCCAUGGCCGGACUCGCGUGGGAGAACAAGGCCCAGCUCAUCUUCUUCGUCCUCAUCAUCAUCUCGCUGCUCAACUACCUCCUCGGCACCGUUAUUCCCGCGACGCCAGAGAAGAUGUCCAAGGGAUUCUUCAACUACAACGCAAAGAUUUUCGCCGAGAAUUUCACUCCGGUGUUUCGCAAUACGGAGUUCUUCCGCCUGUUUGGAGUGUUCUUCCCGGCCGUCACGGGCAUACUCGCUGGGGCCAAUAUCUGCGGUGACCUCAAGGACCCAGCCUCUGCCAUUCCCAAGGGGACGCUUCUGGCUAUCCUGACAACGGCUUUGUCCUACCUCAUCAUCAACACGACCAUCGGCGCGGUGAUGCUGCGCGACGCCUCGGGCCUCCUCUCCGACUCCUUCGCCUGGGUGCCCUCCGUCAACGCCACCAACUCCAGCCUGCCGAUCGCCAACGGCAGCACCACGCUGAGCCCCCUGAGCAGCUUCGCGACGAGCAACGUGACCGUGAGCACCACCGUCGCCACGCUCUUCGCCUCCUCCGCCUCCUCCUCCGCCACCGCGGCGUCCGUGCACGUGUGCAACGGCAGCAGCAAGCUGGCCUGCGAACUGGGCUGGAACUUCACUGCCUGCAGCCUCUUCAGGCCCGACACCACGUCACCCUGCACCUUCGGCUUCGUCAACAACUACCAGGUGAUGGCGAUGGUGUCCGCCUGGGCUCCGCUCAUCUACGCCGGCAUUUUCGGGGCGGCUCUCUCCUCCGCGCUCGCCAAUCUCAUCAGCGCGCCCAAGUGCUUCCAGGGAGUGGCCAGGGACAACAUUUACCCUGGAAUCAGCAUCUUUGGCAAGGGCUUUGGUCGCAACCAGGAGCCCCUGUUUGGCUACCUGCUUGCCUACUUAAUUUCCAUUUGCUUCAUCAUAAUUGCCGAGUUGAAUAUCAUCGCGCCCAUCAUCUCCUGCUUUUUCAUCAUCUCCUACACCAUCCUCAACUUCAGCUGCUUCCACGCCUCCUUCAUCAAAACUCCCGGAUGGCGCCCCGACUUCAAGUUCUACCACCCAGCGGUGUCCUUCAUCGGCGCGGUGCUCAACGUGAUCGUGAUGUUCCUGCUGCUGUGGUGGGGUGCCAUCAUCGCCUUCGGCAUGUGGAUCAUCCUCUACCUCUACGUCACCUACCGCAGGCCAGACGUCAACUGGGGUUCAUCGAUGCAGGCCAUGAGCUUCAAUACUGCACUCUACACGAACCUCACUCUGGACCGGGAGCUGUACCACGUCAAAAAUUACAGGCCCAACUGCCUGGUGCUAACGGGGCCUCCAAACCUGCGGCCGGCGCUGGUCGACUUUGUGGGCACCUUCACCAAGGACAUCGGCCUCAUGGUCUGCGGCAACAUCCUCGUGGGUCCCAAGGGCGAGAAGGUGAAGGAGCUGCUGGAGAGCAAGCACAACGAGUGGCUGCACAGGCGCAAGGUGAACGCCUUCUACACGGGGUUCGUCGCCACCAACAUGCAGGACGGAGCCUUCGGCCUGCUGCAGAGCACCGGUAUUGGGAAGCUGUGCCCCAACAUCCUCAUCAUGGGCUUCAAGAACAUGUGGCAGGAGGAGGAGCCCAUUAACAUGCACCACUACAUCCAAAUCAUCCACGACGUGUUCGACUUGAACAUGUCCCUGGGCAUCCUGCGAGUCAAGGAGGGCAUCGACAUCACCAGCAUGCCCGAGACUCACGUCAACAUGGCUUUCCAGUUUGACGCGGAUAGCAAGUCCUCUCGCAAAGUGGCCAGCCUUGUAGCAACGUCAGCUCUGAAGAGAGUUUCCCCGAACACGGCGCAAGAAGGCGCCGUCCAGGAGGGGAUGCCGCAGAUCAGCACCGUCUUCCAGUUCAGCCAGGGCAAGAGGACGAUCGACAUCUACUGGCUCUUUGACGACGGAGGCCUCACGCUGCUGCUGCCGUACCUGCUGUCCAAGAAGAAGCGCUGGAGACACUGCAAGAUCCGCGUCUUCAUGGGAGGGAAGCUGGACCGCCUGGAGGAGGACAAGCAGAACAUGACGCGGCUCAUCACCCGCUUCCGCCUGGACGUGGACGACGUCAUCAUCCUGACGGACAUCAACAAGAAGCCGCGCACGGAGAAGAUAAAGCAGUUCGAGGACAUGAUCUCUCCGUUCCGACUCAACGACGGCUUCAAGGAGGAGGCGGAGGUGGAGGAGUUGCGCCGUGACUGCCCCUGGAAGGUGUCCGACCACGAGCUGCUCUCGCUGCGGGACAAGACGAACCGGCAGCUGAAGCUGAACGAGCUCAUGAUUCAGAACUCCAACGACGCAGCCCUCAUCGUUGUGAGCCUGCCCAUGAUCAAGAAGGGACGGUGCCCGUCGGCGUUGGGCAUGGCCUGGCUGGAGGUGCUCAGCCGGGACCUGCCCCCAGUGCUCAUCAUGAGGGGCAACCACGUGAACGUGCUCACCAUCUACAGCCAGUGACGCACGCUUGCGGAAAACCACGCUCGCGGCCCGCUCGCACGCACGCACGCCAGCACACGGUCAUCGUAAGCACACUCACACCCGAUCGCUCGCUCACACUCUACUUAAACAAUGAACUAAACAAUUUUUUUAUUUUACCAGGUAAGGCCCACUGAGCGAUGUAGUUCUUUUUCAGAAGCGAUCUGGCCACAAAUGAUAGCCCAAU